AUGACAAAAUUUGGGACAAUAUUGGCAAAGAGCAACAGAUCUGCUAGUAGAGGCGAGGCAUUACAAAUGAUAUCAAAGCUUAUACAUGGCCAGAAGAGUGCCAAUGAAGAUGCUAUAUGCCCCAAGGGGGUGGAUUGUGUCAGUGUGGGCGAAUAUUGCCUCAAAGACUCGUUGGACAAGAAAUUGGUGAAGAGUAAAAUUGUUUGCGAUAAGUACUCAAAUGGAGAAGGACCGCUUUUGGGCGGUUCCGCUGAUUUUAUAAGUAAAGGCCCAAUUUUUGGAGAAACAAGUGACAAUCUGGCUUUGCCUGGAUCUUACCUUACUAAUACCGACGCUGUUACAACGAUAUCGAGAAGUGAGGAGGUUACUGAUUCGAUGGCCCCUUGUACACCUUCCUUUUCAUCAAGAGGUCCAAAUAUUCCAAUCACUCGCAAUAUUCUCAAAGCUCUUUAUCCUGGUUUGGUUUAUGAUGCUGAUAAGCAUGACUAUGUAAAGUUUUUGUGUGGAGCAGGCUACAGUGAUGACAAAAUUUUGCAGCUUAUAACUGGGAAUCAAAAACUCAAGACAGUUACAAAUGUGGGUCCAUCAAAUUCCACUUAUAAAGCUAAAUUGGUUGCCCCGAAAGGACUUAAAGUAGUUGUUAGCCCUAGCAUUUUAUCUUUCACAUCUAUUGGGCAAAAGUUAUCGUUUAGCCUCAAGCUUGAAGGGAAACUAGACAGAUUAAUUUCCUCUGCUUCUUCGUUGUGGGAUGAUGGUACUUUUCAAGUGAGGAGCCCCAUCAUUGUCUAUAUUGCACCAUGA